GUCGUACUAGUGCCUACUGAUUCUUCGCAGGACAAACCACGCGGACAAUCACUAUCACACGACGAAACCGCGAUCGCCACGUACCGCAUUUCGAACGAGCACUGGUUUUCACUGGAAGCGAAACAAGCGCUCGAAAAGAUGGAAGUUCUUCUGGAGGAGGAGUUUCAACAACAGCCAGUACCAAAUGCUGGCGCAAACUUUUUCCUGAUUGCGUGCGUGUCUAGCAAUGCAGAGGAGCAGGCACACAAGUUCGAUCCGACGUUUGUCGAGAGGCAGCUCGAGAUUCUCCAAGUGCCGCAUGAUUUGGUGUUGACACCUUCAACGUCUUCAGCUACGACAGCCGUAGGGGGCACGCCGUCAGACAACUCUCCCGACUGGUUUGUCUUCCGGAAACAGGAUUUCCUACACUUACAGCAAGUCGUACCGCUGUCCUCGGUAAGGGACCAAAAUCAAAACUGUCAAGAGCGCCACGACCUUCAUGGGGAACUGCCCGGUGAUGUAGAAACGGUGAACCUGAUCGUGCAAAACAAGCUUCCGGUUAGUUCGUCAUGUCUAGCCAGGACAACUGACGGGGCAGAAGAUCCCGGAGUGCACGACGAGGAGCGGUGGCGGGUGUUUCAGAAGUGGUUUCCCGGCUGGACGGAUCCGACGGAGAAAUUUGUGUACGCAAACCAGCAACUGUUGGAGACGCUGGCGAGGUUGCCGGAUGUGGUUGGUCCGAUAGAAGGCGCUGGAGAUGUGCAGUACAUAGCGGAGGAAGUAGUGGGGGACGAGCAGGAACGGGAACUACAGCAACAGGACCAGCAAGAUGACAACUUCUGCAAGAAUUUCUCUGCUGGAGCAGAAUUAUGUGCAGCAGCAGGACCUGAGGAACUAGGAGUAGGAGACGACCCCGUCGUGGUUGAGAUGAGGCCUGUUGGUGCAGCUUCAGCGGACUUCUACACUCCUGCGCAGGAUGAAAUGGAAGUUGAAUUUCAAGAUAACAUUCCCACGGACUAUGCAAACGCUGCUGCGUCGUGGGGGCGAGAGCACGAGCAGAUGCAGAACAGCCCAACUACGACCAGCAAUCUGCGGGCCUUCACGGAGGUACACGAACAGCAGCAGCAACCGCAGCAGAAAGACAAUCUUCUCUCUUCUCAAAUUCUCGAAAAGUCAUACAACGACUUGCAGCGACAGGCCGAGGAGGUUCUUCGCAAACUGUCCGAGCAAGACGACGAACUGCAGCACGCGGUUAGUGUCGAGAAUAGCUUAGAAAGUUUCCACACGUUAGAAAAAGUAGAAAAACAACAACACCGGCUACUUCCGAAAUAUCAAGUUGAUUCGCUGGAAAUCAGCGAGGAAAACCGCCGUCGUGAAGCGCAAGUCUACCACGGAAAUAGACCAAGACCCCGCCACGGAUCCACACUCUCUCACUCGUCGCUCUCUCGUUCGAGAACGCCGUCGCCCGAGAAGAUGAGAGUGGAUUACCUACGGGAGUCACAUCAAAGCGAUCUGAGCGGUGACGCUGCUCGUCUGUCGCGGAGCGCAAGUUUGAGACGGCGUGAUGGUCAAAGCGAAGCGUCAGCAAGAACUGCUGAUUAUGCCGGAUCAUCAUCAUCUUCUCAACUGAGCAGCAAGAACAAAACGCCACCGCGCAGGAAGAAACCGUCCGGGCAGGGAAAGCUGAAGCUCACCCCGCCAGGAGGAGGUGCAGCGAGUGGAAAUGGGACGACGAAUUUCAUGUCCGCCAGAAGCUCGACCGCGUCCGGCCUGAUGCCGUGUCACCGGAAUAAGAUUGCAGCUGCUUCGAAAAAUAAAGCAGCUACGGCUCGUUCAGCUGUAGGGGCGAAAAGGGACGAAAGUACAGAGCCGGGGGAGGAUGAUCAACGAGAGAAGGAGUUUCCGCAAUCUCCGGUUCGUGUAACGCGGAGAGGGCGCGUCAAUUCACCCGCGAAACUCACCGCCACAACUUUGAAGGCGGAAGAGAUUUUCGGAGAACAGGGAAGAGCGCAGGAAGAUAAUCAGGAAGCCUACGACUGUGAUAGAGUCGGGGUUGCAAGAAGGGGAAAAACUACAUUUUCCACCGACGUUGUAGCUGCUGCUUCGAGUUCGCUUGUGAUUGAAGAGGACCAGCAGCAAGGGCUCCCACGUGGUCUUCCAGGUGCACGCGCAGAAGACUUGUUCUACUCCACGGUCAAAGCCCCGGGUGUGAAGAGCGGAAAGAACGCUGAUGUGGUGGAGGAGAAGUAUUACAACACUGCGAAAGAUCAAUCCCGAACAGGCCACGGUGCUAACAACAGCCGGGAGAUGACCCAAGCGCCAUCAGAUAUCGCAUCUACAACCACUCUGCCUGUAGGAAGAGGAACCACCCAAGAAUUACACCGCAGUACACCUAGUUCCUCAACAGUCGUUCCAUUGUUUUACGGCGCCGUCUCUCCGCCUGACGCUUCCUUCACUGGUGACACGGGCGGGAGCGCAGCUGCGCCGGCUGAAACUGCAGCUGUUUCUCCCUCUGCGGUGACGUCUAGUAGUGCUACUGCUUUCAACGCCACAGCAACCGCCGCUACAGCAGAACACGGGCUUAGCGGGCAAAGAUCCUUUCCAGCGGGUUCUGCUUCGAAAACGUCGAGCCAAAAUAGUUCCACAUCUACGUCGUCUUCUUCGUCCUCAAAAAUGCAACCAGAUCACUCCAACUCCUUGCGUGGCAGCGCGAAUUCGGACCAGCCUUGGUACUUUUCGCAGAAGAUCCUGGGCGGAAUGGGUAGCAGUUCAAGCAUUGACUCGUUGACCACAGGAGCCGUGUCGUGCCAGACGGUGGCGCAGAGUCUCUCUAGUCGACAACCGACUACGUCGCUCGUUGACACGGCGAAGAACUUGGUUGCUUCUCACGAGAUGAAUGAAAAUGAUCAACAGAAUAAACACGCAGUACAAAAACCGGUUGACUUGCUAAACCAAUCUGCAACCUACGGCACCGGCGCCAUGGACUUUUUGAUGACCAGCACGACGUCGCACAGCGAAAGCACGAAAGUGCCGCACUCCGCUUGCAGUUCAAAUACUUUGGAGGAUUCCGUCCAGCGGCAUCACAUGCAGCUCUCGACGGAGAGAUCGAAGAAAAAUGAAGAGCCUCAGCAUACCUCCAGCGGCCAGCAGGGCGGUGCGCACAACUUCGCGCUACAAGGCUCGCCUGUUCCCUGUUCUUCGGAGAAGACGUUCCUCGGGACAAAUCAAAACACACCGGAUACAGAUCUAGGAGCGAUGAAUUUUUUCGCGGCGAAUGAUAGUAACGGAGCAUCAUGCAACUCAUCAGCGGAAAAAGGAAAAACGCACAAUAAUUUUCUGCAAGGGAGGACGCAGCAGAGUUUCAGCUCUUCCCCAGGCUUAGUGAAUGUGAAUAUCAACUUUGACGAAGAGGAAUUGUUGCACGAGCUGCAGAAGACAAAAAUGAAAACCGUACCUGUGCCGGUGGUGGUAGCAGGAGGAGGUGGGGAAACCACACCAGCCACUAGUACCGCCGGGAACAAGACAAGGACCAAUACAUUAUCGGACAUGCAGCAAUGCGGAGGUACUGGCACGAAGAACUACAACCCCACCACCUCUGGUUCAGAUUCAGAAGACGUUGAGAGUCUGAUCCGAAACCUGCCCCGAAUGAUGUGCGAGCAGGGGGAUGAUUUUGAACCUUCGGAAAGCAGACUGAAAGAGGUCCUGGAACAAGACGAGAUCUUGCUCGAGCCGCUUGGUCGUGAUGAUCAGCAUUUCAACAAUGGUGAUGUGGGCGCAGGAGGGCAACAAGAAGCGAAUGAAAAUGACGGCAUUCAACAUGUAGUUCUUUCUUCCUCCGGAACACCACUGGAGCAAAUUCCGGAAGGAGACGAGGAAGUAGAGGGGGAGGACGCAAUGUCUGGCGGCGCUGGUGGCGGGUAUCUGCAAGACGUGAACGAGACAGAAGUGACAAAUUUGGUGAUGGAGGAGGAGUGCAACACCGACGUCCAAAGAAGUUGUUCUGUGGCACGGGAGAAAAGUGUUGCUUCCGACGAGAAAUUGGUUCUGGUCUUGAAACCGUUCGUGGAACAAAAGGAAGAGAUUGGAGAGACCAGAAGUAGUUUUAGAAGCAGCGAUUUUAUUCCAGUGCCUCGUGCAGGAGCAGGACCCAUGGCACCACUACCACCUUUGGAAUCUUCGGUAACCGGCGCUGCCACAGCUGAUGUUGACGAUGGCCAGAGCAUUGUGAAUGAGCACCAGGACGACCAGCGAGUGAACGGCGAAUACGUUGCCUCGCGUUUGAGCUCGGACACUGUUACUGCAGCAGAACCUCAAGAUAUGCCUUCCGAGCAAGACCGAACACCUCAAGAACUGCGACCGUCGUGCUGGUCUGAGGUAAGCAGUCGGCUGUUGAAAAACAACCGCUUAGCGCUGUCUCUAGACGAAACAACGUCGAUUAGUGCCAGCCACGGGCGGCGUCCUCUUCAAGCACCACAAGCAGGCCGUCACCCACAGGCGCCUGCAGAACAGCCUCCGCAAUUCUUUUCCGAGGAGACCGGGAGGACGAUCACGAGGCGCUCGCGGUCCCUCGGUAGUUCUUUCUACAGCGGGUCAUCUGCGAGGAGGGGAAGCAAUCCCAGCUACUUGUUUCCUUCUGCGACUCUGCCUCUUGCUCGCGAGCGCAGUUUUUCUUGUAACGAUAGCCGAAUCGAGGUUGUGUCAGCCUCUCCCGGAGAAUUCUCGGAGUCGAAUCUUCUGACCCCUUUUGAACUCAUCGAAGACGAUUCUUUAUUUUUUGUCGACGAAGCGGAAGAGGCGAUUUUGCACCCGUUCCCCAGAACUCUGAAAUUCCGGAUCCGCCGGCACCAGGAGCAGCUGCAUGGUGCAAGAUCUUUUUCAGAGCAGGACGGCAGGGAUAGCAUCCAUAGUCUUCGGGGUCGCACAACAAGAGGACGGAGUAGGCUGGUGCCCGCGAGUAAAGUCAAACCUUUGUAUGACGAGUUCGGAUUCGCGUCGCAUUGGUUUUCAUCUUCAUCUCCUGACGGCGCUGGAAACAAGUCUCUUAGAAGUUGCGACCACCGAGAUCAAGAAACAAGCGUCUCUAGUGGUAGACAAGUAGACCUCCCAUUUCGUCUUGUACACGGGCAACAGACUCGUCGUCCCCCACGCCAGGGCCCGCAGCCUAUCAGUGUAGAAGUGGAUGAUCAGGAACUCGACCACAGUCGGAAUUCGUCCCGAGCAGAAGCCCAUGCUGAACUCUUCUUGCAACACCUGCCCUCUCCCAGUCGGGGUAGUGGGAGUGGAGCCGUCGGAGCGAAUAACCACAAGACUCUCCGCCACCGGUCCUGUUUGUUCUCGAGGAAGUGGAGCGACCGGGCCGCGAGAGUGACAGGACCUCCCCGGGGAAGCGCAACAACGAAGACAUCAUCUUCCAGAAAUAGCUCUUUCAUGAUCGACCGGUCGGAAUACCAGCGAAUCCAAAAGAUCCACGAAAGCACGGUCAAGAUACAGAGAUGGUGGAGUAUCACACUGAAAAAAGCUGCGAGCGUGGUAGCCCUGGGUAUUUGUAUGUAAUUCGUAGAAAUUGUUGAAAGUGAAAAAAAAACAGUAUUUGAUGGGCGAGUUACUGGCAUGCUGCUUGUGAUGAAUAAUUCUAUCAUGCAUCCAUGACAUAC